UCUCGUUUCCUGUCUCUACGCCGGCGGCCCUCCACCCCCUCCCUCUCGCCCCUCUCUUCUCUCCACUUGAGCAGAACACAACAGAAAAAAGGAAAAAAACUUUUUUAUCUAUCUGAAUAAAAUCAAGAAGAGGAAGAGAGGAAGGGGAGGGGGAGGGGGAGGAGGAGCAAUCCAGAGAAGAUAGCAAUCAGCUCGUGGAAAGGGGAGCAGAAAUAGGGGGGCGGGGGGAACCAGUUGUUGCAUUGGUGUAUUGAUUGCUCGUUAAUCCAGUCACACAUUUCUGCCGUAGCAUUUUUGGGAAGUACGGGGAAGGAAAGCAUGGCGCCGAGCUAUGAUUGCGCCGCCUCCGUGCUGCUGUGCGCGGAGGACAACGCCACUAUUCUCGGCCUUGACGAGGAGGGGGAGGAGUGUUCGUGGGCCGGCGCUACGCCGCCACGUGACACCGCCUCCGCCGCUGGGGACGCCGUCGAGGGGUUCUUGACGGACUUCCCCUUGCAGUCGGAUGACUGCAUUGCGGCGCUCGUGGAGAGGGAGGUGGAGCACAUGCCCAUGGAGGUGUACCCCCAGAAGCUGCAGCGGCUGCAUGGGGGCCUGGAUUUGGCCGCCGUCAGGAGGGACGCCAUCGAUUGGAUUUGGAAGGUCAUUGAGCAUUACAAUUUCGCACCGUUGACUGCUACCUUGUCUGUGAACUACCUCGAUAGAUUCCUCUCCACGUAUGAACUUCCUGAAGGCAAAGCUUGGAUGACGCAACUCUUGGCAGUGGCUUGCUUGUCUUUGGCGUCAAAGAUGGAGGAGACUUUUGUGCCACUCCCCUUGGACUUGCAGGUAGCUGAGGCAAAGUUUGUUUUUGAGGGAAGGACCAUAAAAAGGAUGGAGCUUCUGGUGCUAAGCACCUUAAAGUGGAGGAUGCAAGCUGUAACUGCUUGCUCAUUUGUUGACUACUUUCUUCACAAAUUGAGUGAUCAUGGUGCACCUUCCAUGCUCGCACGCAGUCGCUCUGCUGACCUUAUCUUGAGCACCGCUAAAGGAGCUGAAUUCUUGGUGUUCAGACCCUCAGAGAUUGCUGCCAGUGUUGCUCUUGCUGCGAUUGGGGAAUGCAGCAGUUCUGUAAUUGAGAGAGCUUCUACAAGUUCCAAGUAUUUGAGCAAGGAGAGAGUUUUAAGAUGCUAUGAAAUCAUUCAAGAGAAGAUUACUAUGGGAAACAUUGUCCUAAAGUCUGCUGGAUCAUCAAUUUCCUCCGUGCCACAAAGUCCCAUCGGUGUGUUGGAUGCUGCUGCCUGCCUGAGUCAACAAAGCGAUGAUACUACUGUUGGAUCUCCUGCAACAUGUCACUAUAGUUCUUCCUCAAGCAAGAGGAGAAGAAUUAGUAGACGGUUAAUCUAAUUGUGGUAUGCUUCAGGUGUGCUCCUCACCACGCUGGGAGUUUUUGAUUGGUUCAAAUAUCUUAAUUUAGUUCGGUCACUCAAGGACUAUGUUGUAGUCAAGUAGUUGCUGAGAGGAACUACAAAACAUGUGCACUACUUGGUCUAUGGAACAAAUAACAAGCAGUUUGCUGUGAGCCGGUUCAUGCAAUUGACACCUGUAAGGGGAAUGCAAAUCCCUUGGGGUUCAGGGAUGCUGGUGUAGGUAGAGGGGGAGCAAGGAAUUUACACUUGUUGUAGAGCUGAGAGCUCUCUCGUACUCCCAUUUUGUACUUUUGCUCCUUUAAUUUGCAAUGAACUUUAGGCAAGGGUUGCCUUGAUCAUUGAACGGGUGACGACGGGUCAAAGAACCCAAAAACGGAUCUGUAAUGGAAUAGAACAGUUUGAUAUUGAUUUCCAUGAGAUAUAAUUUGUUUUCUUUAA